AAAACUGCACGGCUCUUGCAAUGUAAUGAUUGCAGUUGAAGCAUUUUGCGAGAUCUUACAUCAGUCCGGACAUCUCAUUACGGCUUACUUCGUUUAUCGAGGAGAAUAUUUCAUCAGCGCGCAACGCUGUUUUGAUUUACAAAUGAUCCCUAAUUUCUUCAUGAAUGUCGGCAAUUUCCUCAAUUUAUGCAUUGGCAUCGAUCGACUCUUCGCAUUUCUAUAUCCUUUAUUGUAAGU